ACAGAGGUGUUCGUGGGCUUGGAAAACAGACACGGCACGCAUGGACACUCAGCUCACACUUCUGCCCCCAGGAGCUCUUCCGACAGCAGAGAUCUCUAUAACCUCAUCACUGACAUCAGCAGCACCAAUCAGAUCAGGGGGAGGGAGGAGAGCACAGCAAACCUCACCCCUCCCUCCCCACAAACUUCACCAGAGGAAACUUAGAGCAAGCAGCUCAGAAGUGUCAGCACUGACAGUGUGGAGGACAUGAGCACCACUGACAGCCUGCAACAAUGAGUGGACUCAGAGCUGCUCUCUGCCUUCCAUCAUCACUAGUCCUGGCAAGCAGCCAUAUCAAGUCCUACCGGUCUGAGAAGUCCUGAUUUUAUCAGUGCCAGUCUGGGAACUUCUGAUCUCCUUACCUGUACCAGUCUGAGAAGUUCUGAUCUCAUCAGUGCCAGUCUGAGAAGUUCUGAUCUCAUCAGUGCCAGUCUGAGAAGUUCUGAUCUCAUCAGUGCCAGUCUGAGAAGUUCUGAUCUCAUCAGUGCCAGUCUGAGAAGUUCUGAUCUCAUCAGUGCCAGUCUGAGAAGUUCUGAUAUCCUUACCUGUACCAGUCUGAAAAGUUCUGAGCUUGCCAGUGCAACUUUAAGAAGUUCUGAUUUCCUCACCUGCACCAGUUUUAAAAUCCUGAUCUCACCAGUGCCAGUCUGGGAAGACCUGAUUUCUUCACCUGAACCAGUCUUAGAAGUAAGUGCUAAUCUUUUCACCUGUACCAGUCUGGGAAGUUCUGAUCUCACCAGUGCCACACUAAGAAGUCCUGAUCACCUCACAUGCAUCAGUCUUAAAAGUCUUAAUCUCAUCUGCACCAUCCAUUCAAGUCCUAAUCACCUCACCAGUACCAGUUUUGGAAGUUUUGAUCUCAACUGUGCAAACCUAUGAAGUCCUGAUCUCCUCACCUGUACCCUUCUACAAGUCCUGAUCCCCUCUCCUGUACCAGUCUACAAGUCCUGAUCCCCUCUCCUGUACCAGUCUACAAGUCCUGAUCCCCUCUCCUGUACCAGUCUACAAGUCCUGAUCCCCUCUCCUGUACCAGUCUACAAGUCCUGAUCCCCUCUCCUGUACCAGUCUACAAGUCCUGAUCUCUCCUGUACCAGUCUACAAGUCCUGAUCUCUCCUGUACCAGUCUACAAGUCCUGAUCUCCUCUCCUGUACCAGUUUGAGAAGUCCUGAUCUCACCUAUACCAGUCUGAGAAGACCUGACCUCCUGAUCUGUACCAGUCUUAGUUUUCUACCCUUUGCCAGUCUGAGAAGACCUGACCUCCUCAUCUGUACCAGUCUUAGUUUUCUACCCUUUGCCAGUCUGAGAAGACCUGACCUCCUGAUCUGUACCAGUCUUAGUUUUCUACCCUUUGCCUGUCUGAGAAGACCUGACCUCCUCAUCUGUACCAGUCUUAGUUUUCUACCCUUUGCCAGUCUGAGAAGACCUGACCUCCUCAUCUGUACCAGUCUUACAAGUCUUGGUUUUCUACCCUUUGCCAGUCUUAGAAGUCCUGAUCUCACCUGAGGAGUCCUGUGUCAUUUUGGGAAAGAUUGAUCUCCUCAACUGAGCCAGCUGGUGAAAAGUUGUGAUUGCCUCCCCUGUGCCAGUUCUACAAGUCCUCAUUCUCCCACCUGCACAAGUUCUAGAGGUCCUCACCUCCUUAGCUGUGCCAGUCUUGGAUCCCACCAACUGCUCUCACCUGGAAGUCCUGGUUGGCCCCUGUCUAAGGACUGAGCACAUACCUGGAGAUAAACCUUGAGGACUUGCUGAGUGACUUACCUGCCCACACCUAGGGCAGGUUUUUUUGUAUUUUAGUUUGGUUGUGUAUGAUGCCAAGCCUCCACAUCUGAUGAUGACCCCAGAGAAUAUCACCACCAUGCUCUCCUCUCUGAACACGACCCUCCUGAACAGCACCGGUAGCUCGGUAACCGGCCGUCCCCCGACCAUCCCGUCCGUCAUGUUCAUCUUCGGGGUGGUGGGGAACCUGAUCGCCAUUAUAGUCCUGUGUAAGUCCCGCAAGGAGCAGAAGGAGAGCACCUUCUACACCCUGGUGUGCGGACUGGCAGUCACCGACCUGCUGGGCACCUGCCUGAUCAGCCCGGUUACCAUCGCCACCUACCUGCAGAACAAGUGGCCGGGCGGGCCAGCGCUGUGCGAAUACAGCUCGUUCAUUCUGUUGUUCUUCGGGCUGGCCGGGCUGAGCAUCAUCUGUGCCAUGUCCAUCGAGCGCUACCUGGCCAUCAACCAUGCCUACUUCUACAACCACUAUGUGGACAAGAAGCUGGCCGGCCUCACCCUGUGUGCCAUCUAUGUGUCCAAUGUCCUCUUCUGUGCCCUGCCCAGCAUGGGCAUGGGGAGGAGCGCCCUGCAGUACCCCUGGACAUGGUGCUUCUUGGACCUCCGAACCAACGUCUCUAUCUAUGCCGCCUACUCCUACAUGUACGCCGGCUUCAACUCCUUCCUCAUCCUGGUCACCGUCAUCUGCAACGUCAUGGUCUGUGUGGCCCUCAUCAGGAUGCACCGACAGUUCGUGCGGAGGACCUCCCUGGGCACCGACAACCGAAUCUCCGACUUCAGGAGGCGGAGGAGCUUCAGGAGGAUCGCCGGGGCUGAGAUCCAGAUGGUCAUCGUCCUCAUCGGAACCUCCGUGGUGGUUCUCAUCUGCUCCACCCCUCUAGUGGUGCGAAUAUUCAUCAACCAGCUCUACCAACCACCUAUAGAAAGGGAUAUAUCAAGCAACUUAGACCUGAAAGCCAUCCGCAUUGCCUCUGUGAACCCCAUCUUGGAUCCCUGGAUCUAUAUUCUUCUUCGGAAGACUGUCUUGAGCAAAGUGAUUGAGAAAAUCAAGUGUCUGUUUUGUAGGAUUGGCGGUGGCAGGCGACCACGCUCUGCGGGAAGUUUCCAUUGCGCAGACGGCAGGAGGGCCUCUUCAGCCUUGUCUAGUCAUUCUCCCUCUUUUGUUUCCAGGGAGUUGCGAGAAAUUAGUUCAACAUCGCAGACUUUAUUGUACCCUCUCGAACUGAGUGACGGUAGCUUUAGAAGCAGCACCAUUUUACCAGGAGCCACCAUGGCCAUCAACCUUCCUGGGGCUACAGACAGGACGUUACGUGGCUCUGACCAGUCUGUUUCAUCUCAGGGUCCAGAUUCUGAACAGCUGCUGCUUGUAAAUGAGACUCGCCCCGCAAGGGUCACUCAGAAUGGCAACUCGCCCAAGGGGAAUCCACUUCAUGUCACUUUCCCAGAUGAAACAUUGAAUUUAUCAGAAAAGUGUAUAUAGUAACUCUGGUUUCUACAGUUGCACAGACUAUUAGCUGACAGUAGGAACACGAUAUGCCACUUAAAAGGACAUAGUUGUGCAAGAACUCCAGCCCUUCAUUGAGUGGUACUCUAAAUUUAAACUUUCUGAGGGCUGUUAAAAGAACGCAAAGCAUACAAUGGAAGAAUAGUAUUCAGCUUAUUGAAAAUAUCAAUCCUGCGUGUUCUUACUUUCGUGAUAUUUUUCUACCUUCUACGGGCACUUUUGAAGACUGAACAGGCCAACUUUCCUUAGAAGUUGCCUACUUUUCGAGGGACAGAAGAUAAAGUGUCUUAUGAUUCCCUCUCCAACCACAAACACUUUCUUCUUGACAAAUCAAGUUUGUCCGACAGAUGAUGAAUGUUGAUGUGUCUAGCUAAGCUUUAAAUAAUGUGAAUUUUAAUGGAUUACCAUGUCUGUGUGUAUAUGAAAUCUUCAAUGUAUUUAUUGUCUUCUCUGUGAGAAGGUAUCUAGUUUUAAAGGUUUAGCUAAAGAGUUAAGAGGCAAUUUUUUCUUUUUUUUGAAAAUAUUGCCAGGGAGCUUUUGUUUUAAUGUUGUUAUACAGUUUUGCACUAAAUUGAAAAAUAUUGAUGGUAUAUGCAUUGACAGUAAUGGACAAUUAAAGAGUUUGUGCAUGUCAACACUGUAAUACAGUUUUCAAAUGUUCUGUUGGCACUAGAAGUAAAGCUAGUUAAAAAUAAAGGCCAACUUUACCCUUUUUGAUAUGAAUGUUUAACAUUUUCCUAUACAGGAAUUCUAGAAAUAAAACCAAGGCAAAAUAUUAUGAUGAUCAUAUAGUAACUCAUGCAGCUCUUUUCUCCCACUAGUAUUACAAUCGGGUUCCAUCAAAUCCACCACUCCAGUAUGGGAACACCCAGCAUUGAUGUGCCUAGUCCUUUACUAGAUGACUGACCCAAUGAAGUGUCUAAGAAAAGUUAUACCCCUUAUACUAAAGGGGUUAGGUCAGCCAUAGAAGGUUCGAAACUCCGUUGGUUCAGCAGGAACCAGCCGAGAUUCAAACCAUGCAUGGGCAGGCUAAAUGUACCAACCAUGUAACCAGAGUCGAUCAACAUGGUUACAACCAGCCUGCCAGGAACGGCUCCCCCCCCCCCUACUGGGGGAAAAUAAUGACUUGGUGGAAGGGAUUCCCCUGUCAACACUGUCUGUGUUGAUGGGUGAAUUGAACAAAAUUCUUUCCUUAAACCCAUGGUUGCAGCAAAGAAAUUUGCUCUGUGCCUUAGAAUCUUCCCACUUGCACAUAGGAAGGGUCUGUUAAAUUAAUUACAAACUCUAGUUCAUUAACUUAAUUUCACAGCAGAAAGCCUUGUGAAAUAUGAGCCCUUAUUUAAAAUUGGUAGAAGGAAUGAUAGAUGGAGGUGGUGGGGCUGGCAAAAAUACUAAUAGAAAUGAGUAGGUACUUGGAAAGAACUUACCGUACGUAAAACAACCAGUUUGUUUCUGGCUAGCUUCAGAUAAAGAUUCAUGCUUUACACAGCUCUUUGCAAUGGAAGUUGGGCUAAGGUAUUUUAAGCAAUGAAUGUCCCUCCUCUCAUGGAAUGAAUUUAACUUAUUGUAAAAAGAGGGAUUUAGAUGUGGACUUCAUUUUAAAAGGGGCCUACAAAUUAUGCUGGUUACAAUCUUUGAUCACAGCUAUCGUUUUUGAUAAUGAAUCCUCUUAUUUGUUUUAAUAGUUUGUUGGCCACCAUUAAAUAUUUCCCAUAUCUUACCUAUAAAAACAGCUAGCCAAACAUGUUAAACUCCAAAUGCAGGAAAAAAGUAUGAUAAAUC